AAAUUUAAAACGAGUGGCCGUUGAGGUUCAAAGUUCACGAGAGAGAGAAAGAGAGAGCUUCAAAACCAGGUAACAUCUUCAAUGCAACACAACAAAACCACAUAAGCAAACAACGAAACUCAUCCUCAAAUUUCAAAUCUCAAAAUAAUUCUGUCUUCACUCGAGAGAGUUUGUCUUGUGUGUGUUUGUGUGUGAAGAAGAAGAAGAACAAGAAGAAGAAGAUAAGAAUGACAGGGCCAGUGAUGGUGACAAGGGGUGGAGGAUGCGGUGGUGGGAAGGGAAGGAGAGGAGGCAGAGACGCCGUCGAAGAAGCAGAGCAGAACCAGGGGUCGCCGGCGGCGUUUUUAUUGGCGGCUCUGAAGAAAUCUAUGGUGGCGUGCAGUGUCGACAGUCCUGAUGAUGUCAUCUCCGCCGUGCAUCCCAUGGAGAUUGGAUGGCCUACCAACGUUAAGCACGUCACUCACGUCACCUUCGAUCGCUUCAAUGGCUUCCUGGGUCUUCCUCUUGAGUUAGAGGUUCAUGUACCUGCUCCUGUUCCCAGUGCUAGUGUUAGUGUGUUUGGCGUCUCAGCUGAAUCAAUGCAGUGUUCUUAUGAUUCAAAGGGAAACAGUGUCCCCACUAUUCUGCUGCUAAUGCAGGAGCGGUUAUACUCACAGGGGGGCCUUAUGGCUGAAGGUAUAUUCCGCAUAAACCCGGAGAACGGUCAAGAGGAGCAUUUGAGGGACCAGUUGAAUAGGGGCGUUGUGCCGGAUAACAUUGAUGUCCAUUGCUUGGCAGGGCUAAUUAAAGCAUGGUUCAGAGAGCUUCCUUCUGGAGUGCUUGAUGGACUUUCUCCUGAACAAGUUCUUGAGUGCAACACAGAAGAAGAAUUUGUUCAGCUUGUGAAGCAGCUCAAGCCAACUGAGUUAGCCUUACUUAACUGGGCUCUUGAUCUCAUGGCUGAUGUUGUGGAAGAAGAGGAGCAUAACAAAAUGGAUGCUAGGAAUAUAGCAAUGGUUUUUGCUCCAAAUAUGACUCAGAUGUCUGAUCCACUAACUGCUCUGAUGCACGCGGUCCAAGUAAUGAAUUUACUGAAGACCCUGAUACUGAAGACACUUAGUGAACGUGAAGAAGCAACAACAGCAGGGUAUUCAUCCAUGUCAUCUCAUUCAUCAGAUCGCCAAUCUGAGGAUGAAUAUGAUAGUCAGCUUGAAAUGUAUACCAGUGCUGAAUUGAGAGGGAGCCAGUCAGAUUGUGAUGAUCAUGUUAACAAUAAUAGCCUUAACAGUGAAGAGGAAGUGGAUUCUGCGUCUGUAAGUGAGAUAGAGGAAUGCUUCUUGAAGCAGUUGAAUGAGAACAAACAAGGAGGAUUCGCAGAGGAACCUGCAAGGAGUACUUGCUCUGGCUAUAACCUGGAAUCUGCUGUAUCAUUUACCGAUGCGAAACCUGAUAAUUCGUGCUCAAGUUCUUAUGAAGAUGACUCGGGAGCAACUCUGUCGGCUGAGGGAUCGAGUGCGGAAUCAAGUAGUCCAUCAAUUGGAAGUACAUACUGCACCAAUGAUGUGGAAAUGAUGGAUAAGUUUGCAGAUUGUGUUUCACUAGUGCCACUGUUUGCAUCAAGUUAAGAACUGAGUUUCUUUGAAGCAGUGUUUUAGUAUUUUGUUUUAGAUUUUGUCUCCACAAGCAGGGUUGCUUGUGUAUAUUAAUUUGCUUGUUGUGGGUUGUGGAGUCGUUAUGUUGUUCAGUUUAGGGCUGAAUUUGUCCUGAUUCUGUUUGUCCAUAGUACUGGACAAUUCUGACAUGUGGGGAUGGGUAUAGUUGCCACUUACAUUUUCAUAUUUCACAUAGGUAGAUGUUGUUUUCAGCAUUGAUGAAUGCUUAGGGACUAGGGAGAUUGUUUAAGCCUGAAUAUGGUGCUUGCUAUGUAUGUUGUGCAUGAUCAAAAUUUGAUGCGUUCUUGGUUUCA